AUGAGUAAAGUACAUGAAAAUGUUGGAUUGUUUAAUGAAUGCAAUCAUAAAUGGACUAUACCGGAAUGGUCCAAGAUACCUUUGAAAGCUAUUUUAAACAGUCAGGGCUUUAAUGUCGGAAAUCAUGAAUGGACUGUCCAGCACAUUGGGAUAUUUGUCAUGUCAAUGGGAAAAUAUUCAACAAGUGACAAAGGAGACUCUACCGAGAAAAUCAAAGUCUCUCUAUCUAUAAUUAAGUCUGGAAUGAAAUCUAUUGAUAAAGAAGGAGGAUCUUCAUACGGACGUGAAUAUCAGAAAGUCACUACAUUGCAAAAUUUGCAAAAAUAUCUCACGAACGACCGGCUCACUCUUUCUAUUGGUCUGGCUAUUGAACAAAAAAACAAAAACUCACUGGAUGGACCCCGCCCAUAUCCAAAACCCCAACCUCUCAAGUUCUAUGAUCAAGAUUUCAAAGACUUUCAAGAUGUUACUAUACAUGUAUUUAAGGACGAAAUUGAUGAGUCGGAAGAAAUUGAAAGCACUGAAGGAUUAACAUCAGAUGAAAAGGCCACAAUACAUAGCCACAAGUUUAUUCUGGCUGCAGAAUCUCCGUGGUUUAGGGAUAUAUUCCUUAGCGGCAUGAAAGAAUCUACCGAGAAUGAAGUGAAGAUUCGUGGAGUUGACCCAAUCAUAUUUCAAUUGAUUUUUGACUUUAGUUAUGGGAGGAAUAUAUACAUAAAUGACAGUACCCAUUGCAUAAACAUUCUCAAAGUUGCCGAUCGCUUCCAGUCCAAACGUAUCAAAGAUUAUGCCUUUUCAUGUUUGCGAGCUCAGAUCAACAAGUCCAACAUAUUUGAUAUCUGGGAAGCAUCAGAUUUGUACGACUGUGACGAAACCCGGGCCUUAUGCGAGGAAAAUAUGAAAAGUAGCUACCCGGAUAUCUUUAUGUCCCCGGGGUGGCUUUCUGCUAAUGAUAAGUGUGCUAUUAGCGCAAUCAAGAUAGAUGGCUUACAAGGAAUAAUUGAUGAGACAAGAUUCUACAAAGCAGUACUAGCAAGAAGAGAGUUUGCUAUCCAGGCAGUGAUUAACCUACGUAAAGCCAAAGAAAAGGAAUCUGAGGAGAAAAUCGCUAAAGCGCCACAUGUUACUCCCACUCCCAGUAAUGUGAAUAUAUACGAAGAAAUCCAAAAAGAAGCCAAAGAUAUCAAAGAAGAUGAUAAAGACAAUAGCUGUAAUUCAGAUACUCAGACAAAGACAGAGACAGAAAGGCUUGAAAGGCUAGAGAAUAUACGAUGGGAAAAAUAUAUUAAAGAGGAAUUGGAAGCUAUACAAAAGCAUUUUGAAAUUAUGAUUCGUAAUAUACGAUUCCAUCAAAUGGAGACAGAAUUUCUUGCCAAUACAGUUAGAAAGGAACGCGCUGUUAUGCAGAUACCCGGGAUCAAAGACAUAAUAUUUGAAGCGUACCGAGACAAAACCUUUCUUGGGAAAAAAGAGUUAUCAAAGAAGUAUAAAAGUCGAUCAAUUGAAUCGAAAUAA